UCUGCGCGAGAGAGAGAGGGGGAGAGAGAGGGAGAGAGGGAGGGGGAACGGUGGACUGGAACGGACUACGGAGUGUUGAUGGCGAAUUCCGUCCGCCUCUUCUGCUUUCUGUUCGUGGUGCAGCUCGUCACGACAUUUUUUCCGGAAGCUCGAGCGAGCGAGGAGCACGGCGGUGGAUACCCGUUGUCGGAAUCCGACCUGGUGAGAGGCCUUCCCGGACAGCCCGACGUGAAGUUCCGGCACUACGCCGGAUACAUCCGGCUGCGGGAGCAGGACGAGAGGGCUCUCUUUUAUUGGUUCUUUGAGGCUCAGGGUGGAGUCUCCGAGAAGCCUCUCCUUCUGUGGCUCAAUGGAGGUCCCGGCUGUUCUUCCAUUGCCUACGGAGCGCUGCAGGAGCUUGGUCCUUUCCUGGUGCGGAAUAAUCAUUCCAAGCUCGUCCUUAACGAUUACGCAUGGAACAAAGUGGCUAACCUGCUAUUCCUCGAGUCACCGGUGGGAGUGGGUUUUUCUUACACCAACAGAUCAUCAGAUCUGUCGAAGCUCGGCGACCGCGUAACUGCACAGGACUCUUACGCCUUCCUUCUCAAGUGGUUCGAGAAGUACCCGAGUUUCAAAUCCCACGACUUCUACAUCGCUGGAGAGAGCUACGCCGGCCACUAUGUUCCUCAGCUUGCUGAAGUCAUAUACGACAGAAACGUGCACGCCCCAAAGGGAUCUUAUAUUAAUUUCAAAGGGAUCAUGAUAGGGAAUGCGGUCCUGAAUGAUGAGACGGAUCAGGAGGGAAUGGUGGACUUCGCCUGGAGCCACGCUGUGAUAUCGGACCAACUUUACCGCCGAGUGAAGCGUCAGUGUGAUUUCAGCUCCGAAAACCAGACAACCGGCUGCAACAACGCGCUUAGCACCAUGCUCCAGGCAUACGGCGAUAUCGACAUUUACAGCAUCUACUCCCCCGUCUGUACCGCCACCCUUACCAAAUCUUCGCUACAUUCCUCCCCUCGCCUCGUCGCUUCCCCUCGGGCUUUCUCUAAGCACGAGCUCUGGCACAGACUACCGUCAGGCGUUGAUCCAUGUACGGAAGAGUAUACCACAGACUACUUAAGGAGAAAGGACGUUCAAGAAGCAUUGCAUGCCAACAUCACGAAUCUCAAGUACCCGUAUAAGCCCUGCAGUGAGGUCAUAGCAAAAUGGAACGACGCGCCGGACAGCGUCCUUCCCGUCCUCAGGAAGCUCAUGAAAGGUGGGCUUCGCGUGUGGGUUUUCAGUGGUGACACGGAUGGCCGGGUUCCGGUGACCUCAACGAGGUACAGCCUAAACAAGAUGCAGCUGAAGGAGAAGGCAGCGUGGAGGGCAUGGUUCCACAAUCAUCAGGUAGCAGGAUGGACGGUGGAGUAUGAGGGACUCACGUUCGCAACCCUUCGGGGAGCAGGACACCAGGCUCCAGUCUACGUCCCUCAGCAAGCUUUAUCACUGCUCACACAUUUCCUUUCAGCCAGUACUCUUCCCUCGUCCCGCUUCUAAACCUCUACUUGCAUUAAUUGACGUUCAGUUGUUCUUGAACAUUUCUACGUUGUCCAAUCUUCUGCUGAGCAAAAAUAUGAUUCACUAGAAAACGAAAGAGAAGCUAAAGAAAAAUAUUCUAACAAGCGGUUUCGCUUGUAUUGAAGCAUUGCCCGGUUGGAAAUUC